AUGGGCGAUUUUUCUUGCUUUUUUUAUGGAACGUUGAUUUUCACUCAGAUAUUGAGGCGCGUAAUUACUGAAGGACAGUCGUUGAAAGAGUCCGAUGUUGCGUUUGGACCUGUUAUUCCCGCCGUGUUGAAGGGAUACAGACGGCAUAAAGUCUUCAACGCUGUUUAUCCAGCAAUUAUAAAAGGUUCGGAAAACGAUGAGACACGAGGAGUGCUUGUGAGUGGAUUGACAUCACAAGAUAUAUUGCGAUUAGAUUUAUUCGAGGGCAAUCAAUAUGUUCGAACAGACGUCGAAGUUUUAAUAAUAGAGGAAGCAAAGCGCAAUUCAUUCCAUUCCGAUCCCGAUCUUGUAGACACUGAUGCAGACAUUAUCUACACGCCCCCACCCAGACCACGUCUCGUCCCGGCACAAACAUAUGUUUGGAACGAUGCUCCUGCUCUGUUAGAGAAGGACGAUUGGGAUCCAGAGGACAACGCCCACUAUGUUGGCUAUGUCGAAGAUGACGAAUCCGUCGAAGCAAUAAUGAAAAAGUUUGAAGAACUAGAGAGACUUCAAGUUGAGUUUGCUGCAGCCAAAACUCGAGAUUCCGCUCAUAGUCCCUCGCAGGCUCAAACGGAAAAUGAAAACCUGACGGAAGCCCAAUUAGAAGAGGUUUUCAAGAGGACUUCAAUAUUUACUAUCAAGUCUGCUACUUUCUUACCUUCUACCGAAGAUGCUGACGAUUUAGAAUUGUGGAGGAUUGAAGUUGAAGAUGGAAACACGGCCGAAUUCGAGGAAGAGGAUGAUUAUUUGGCGGUAGACGAUGCAUUCUGGGAUGAGGAAUUCGGAACUAGUAGUAGUAGGCAAAGACGAAGCAAAGCGGAUAAAUCAGAGAGACGGCGUGGAAUAGGAAGGGAGAUUAUAUUACAACGAUAUAAAGUAAUGCAAGUGAAGCUGCAAGAUAGGAAUGGGAACUACUUUACGGUGAAAAAGAAAGUGAGUAAUGUCAAUCCAGCAUUGCCUACAUAUAUAAGAAUACCAUCAUUGCCUGUCCCUCUUUCAUGGGCGCAUACUAUUUUACCGCCAACAGAUGAGAUAAAAGACGGCCAUGGAUCAAGGUACUAUGAAGCUGAUAUAUUGACAAUGAAUCUUCUACGUCUUGGAAAGAACUUUCAAGCAGCUUUGAUAGAUCCGCCAUUAAUUCUUCCAGGCGAAUCUCCAUCACCACACAAGAUCACGCUGUCUCAAUUUGCUUCAUUAAAUAUAACAAAGAUUAUCCCUGUAGGAUUCCUUUUCAUUUGGGUUGAAAAAGAGUAUCUUCCGGAUAUAAUUCAGAUUGCCGACAAAUGGCACUUUCGAUACGUGGAGAAUUUUUGUUGGGUUAAGAAACACAUAAAUAAUCAAAUUGUCAAAAUGCCGUAUAAAUAUUUUCGUAAAUCAAAGCUGACGCUUCUGGUUUUCAGAAAGGAAGGCGACAUUGAGUUGCGACACCAGAGGAACCCAGAUUGUUGUUUUGAUUUUGUUAAACCACGAACUGAAGAUAUGCUUACAGAAGAGAAACCUCGAAUAAUCUACGACAUAAUAGAAACACUGUUACCUCAAGCUGCAUACAGUACUGAAAAUUCAAAUGGUGACCGGUUAAUAGAAUUAUGGGGGAAGAAAGGUCGAAGACGACAAGGAUGGACUAGUGUAGUGCAAAGAAUAUGA